GCCCGCCGCCCGCUCCGGCGCCGCAGCCCGGGAGUCGGCCAACCCCGCGCGCGCCGGGGCCUCCCGCCAGCCCUCCGCUCCCCUACCCCAUCCCGGCUCCGCGGGCCCAAGCCCUCGGGCCCGCCCCCAGCCCGAGCCCGCCUCCCGGGCAGCCCUCGGAUCGGCCGGGCCGGCGCAGGCCCCCGCCCCGGGAGCACGAUGUUCCCCCGCCCGCUGACCCCGCUGGCGGCCCCAAAUGGCGCCGAGCCCCUGGGCCGGGCGCUGAGGCGGGCCCCACUGGGCAGGGCCCGGGCCGGGCUGGGCGGGCCGCCCCUGCUGCUGCCGUCCAUGCUAAUGUUCGCGGUUAUCGUGGCCUCCAGCGGGCUGCUGCUUAUGAUCGAGCGUGGCAUCCUGGCCGAGAUGAAGCCCCUUCCCCUGCACCCUCCCAACCGCGAGGACGCGGUCUGGCGUGGGACGGUCCCCAGGCCUGGGAGGCUGUCCCUGGAUGCGGGGGACUCGGACUUACAGGUGAGGCAGGACGUCCGUAACCGGACCUUGCGGGCAGUGUGCGGACAACCAGGCAUGCCCCGGGACCCCUGGGACUUGCCGGUGGGGCAGCGGCGCACCCUGCUGCGCCACAUCCUCGUGAAUGACCGCUACCGCUUCCUCUACUGCUACGUGCCCAAGGUGGCCUGCUCGAACUGGAAGCGGGUGCUGAAAGUGCUGGCGGGCGUCCUGGACAACGUGGACGUCCGCCUGAAGAUGGACCACCGCAGCGACCUGGUGUUCCUGGCAGACCUAAGGCCUGAUGAGAUUCGCUACCGCCUGCAGCACUACUUCAAGUUCCUGUUUGUGCGGGACCCCUUGGAACGCCUUCUCUCUGCUUACCGCAACAAGUUUGGCGAGAUCCGAGAGUACCAGCAGCGCUAUGGGGCUGAGAUAGUGAGGCGGUACAGGGCUGGAGCGGGGCCCAGCCCUGCGGGGGACGAUGUCACCUUCCCCGAGUUUCUGAGAUACCUGGUGGACGAGGACCCUGAGCGCAUGAACGAGCAUUGGAUGCCCGUGUACCACCUGUGCCAGCCUUGUGCCGUGCGCUACGACUUUGUGGGCUCCUAUGAGAGACUGGAGGCAGAUGCCAACCAGGUGCUGGAGUGGGUGCGGGCACCGCCCCAUGUCCGAUUCCCAGCUCGCCAGGCCUGGUACCGGCCGGCUAGCCCCGAAAGCCUGCACUACCACCUGUGCAGUGCCCCACGGGCCCUGCUGCAGGACGUGCUGCCUAAGUAUAUCCUGGACUUCUCCCUCUUUGCCUACCCACUGCCUAACGUCACCAGGGAGGCCUGUCAUAAGUGACCAUGGGUGUGGGCCAGCAGUUGUUGGGGACUGGUUUUGACAAUGCCACCUUCUGUGUUGCCAUACAGAGAAACCCUGGCUCUGGGGCCUGGGGCUUCUCCAGAUGCCUAGGUGGAAAGAAUUGCCCUUGGAAGUUCCUUGUCCAGGGUGGGUGCACACAGUGGUUCAGAGGCCAGGGUUGGACAGCUGGCCUGGUGCUCUCCAUAGGGGGAUUACUUGGGAGCCAGUGUGAUCCUUCUUGCCCUGGCAGGGCUAGAUACCAGUUUGCUAGUGUAGCAACACAACUCUUCUCAAGACUGGCUCCACGGCCCUGCCUACCGGGAUUGUGCAGUCCGCUUGAGCCAGCUUAACUUAACCUGUAGCCAAACCCAGAGGAGGCACCAAUCAGGAGAUGACCACAGCGGGGGGCCCUGUGGCUCUGAUCACCCGUUCAUCCACUCCAUUUGCCUCAGGGCUGGAGUCAGCAGUCGUGCCUUAUAAAUGACUUUUGUAUCUUUCCGCUUCAGACUUAGAAUUUCCUGCACUUGCCGGGUUCUUUCCCUUUUUUCCAAGGAAAGAAAAACUGAAAGGGCCCUUCCAGGACCUGGCCCUGCAGCAUCCAAAGACCCCUGUGCCCAGCCUCUUCUUGGGACUCUGGGCACUCUCUCCCAUCCCCCAGGAUUGUGACUGUGGCCUGUGUAUCUGGCUGCCACUUUUCUGAUGCAUUUAUUUAAAAUUUGUACUUUCUGAUAGAACCUUUGAGAAGGCUUUGUUUUCCUAAUAGCUGAAUUUUUAAUAAAGCCAUUUUGUAUACAAA